AAAAGAUAAACAUCACCGAAAUACUAAACAGCUUUUUCAGCAAAGGAUACGAUAAACGUGUACGGCCAAAUUACGGAGGUCCACCUGUAAACGUUGGAGUCACAAUGUAUAUUCUUAGUAUAAGCUCCGUCAAUGAAGUACAGAUGGAUUUCACACUUGAUUUCUAUUUCCGGCAAUCGUGGAAUGAUGAUCGACUUGCCUUUUCAACCAGGCAUAACCUGGAUAGUAUGACCGUCGAUGCAGAAGUAGCAAAAUAUAUUUGGUUGCCUGAUACAUUCUUUGCGAAUGAGAAGACAGCUUACUUCCAUGAAGCUACUACGCCCAAUACAUUUUUAAGGAUAAAUUCUAAAGGGGAAGUUUUACGAAGCAUGCGGUUAACUGUCACAAACAGCUGUCCAAUGGACUUAAGGUACUUUCCAAUGGAUCGCCAGCAGUGUACAGUUGAAGUAGAAAGCUUUGGUUACACAACUAGGGACAUUAAAUAUUGGUGGCGUGAGCAUGAAGAUUCAGUUGGAAUGUCCAGUGAUGUUGAACUUCCACAGUUUAAAGUCGUUGGACAUAGACAAAGAUCAAAAGAAGUGCCACUCACGACAGGAAACUACUCUCGCCUCAUCUGUGAAAUCCAAUUCAUCCGUAGCAUGGGCUACUAUUUGAUCCAGAUCUACAUACCAGCGGGACUCAUAGUCAUCAUCUCGUGGGUGUCCUUCUGGCUGCACCGAAAUGCCACCCCUGCCCGAGUAGCGCUUGGGGUGACCACCGUUCUCACAAUGACAACCCUUAUGUCCAGCACCAAUGCCGCCUUACCCAAGAUCUCCUACAUCAAGAGCAUCGACGUUUACCUGGGCACCUGUUUCGUCAUGGUCUUCGCAUCGCUUUUGGAAUAUGCUACUGUCGGCUAUUUAGGUAAAAGGAUCGCUAUGCGCAAGACCCGCACUCAACUCAUCGCCAAGAUUGCGGAGCACCAUCGCCAACGGUGCCUGGCCCAUCACGCCGCCUCCUCCGCCUCCACUGCCGAUGGCGAUGCACCUGUGCUGGUCGCUGGCAACUCCGAGGUGCCUCUUGUCAGGACAGCGGUGAGUACUCACCGUUAUAGAUGUGACGGCCUUACCCCUUCCGCUAAUCAGGUAAUUCCUUUACGUGUUCCCCCAACUCCGAAACCAAAUUCCUGGCCUCGAACUUCGAAGUACUUAGAUAUCCGCAGGCACAACUUCGGGAUUUGCAAUGUCGCUGCUUCAAGGAAAUUUUGUAGAUAUAGUAUCAUUUACUAAUAACUUUAAAAUGUAAAUCUGCUUUCAUAAAGCCUUUUUCUUCAGUUCGCAAGUGGAAUUCAAUAUCUUAUGGAGAUAUUUAUUUUUCUUGCAUUUAUGCACGCUGCUUAUUUAUUUUUCUUGCAUUACAUUGUUAUUUGGAAUGAGUAUUUUGAAAUAUUACUAGCAAAAGUUUUGUACAGAAUUGAAUCAAAUGUUAUAAAAAUCUCAGUUUUUAAUUACUGAACUU